AUGUCGAACAAUAAUCACGACUCCAUUGAUCAUGCACUUGACAGCAUCGCCAAGCCUGUCACGGACAAAUAUUCCGUGAUGGGAGCGGAAAACAUCAUCAAGCCUAAUACAAGGGCUCAGAAUGCUGCGUCUGAAGAGAAGACUAUGUCUCUCCGUCAGGCUCUCAAGCUGUACCCAAAGGCUAUCGGAUGGUCUGUUCUCCUCUCCUCAACCCUCAUCAUGGAAGGUUACGACUUGGCUCUUCUCGGCUCGCUCUAUGCGUCUCCGCAAUUCAACAAGAAAUUUGGAGUUUGGAACGAUUCUGCCAAAAAGUAUGCCGUGCCUGCAUCGUGGCAGUCCGCACUAUCCAAUGGCGCCCGGGCUGGCGAAGUUAUUGGGCUGCUCAUCAAUGGCAUCGCUUCUGAUCGAUUUGGCUAUCGCAAGACAAUGAUCGCCUCCUUGUGCGCUAUGAUCGCGUUCAUCUUCGUGCUCUUCUUUGCACCGAAUAUCCAGGUGCUCGUUCUCGGAGAGGUGCUCUGCGGUAUACCUUGGGGCGUAUUUCAGACCCUCAGUACAGCAUACGCUUCCGAAGUCAGCCCGGUCAUCCUGCGACCGUAUCUAACUACAUUCGUCAACAUGUGCUGGGUGAUGGGCCAAUUUAUUGCCGCAGGAGUCAACCGCGCUUCCGUGACUCGAGGCGAUCAGUGGGCUUACAAAAUCCCAUUUGCGAUACAGUGGGUUUGGCCGCCGUUGAUUCUUGCUGGAGUCAUCUUUGCGCCGGAAAGUCCCUGGUGGCAUGUUCGUCAAGGUGAUAAUCAAGCAGCGAGGCGGGCCUUGCUGCGGAUUACUUCGAAGAAUGACCCGUCAUUUGAUCCGGACGAGACCAUUGCCAUGAUCGAGCAUACAAAUGAGCUUGAAAAGUCUCUCAAGGCUGGAACUACAUAUUGGGAUUGUUUCAAAGGGGUCGACCUUCGAAGAACCGAAAUCGUCUGUGUUCUUUGGCUAGGACAGACGCUGACCGGUCAAAAUUUGAUGGGCUAUUUCUCAUACUUCAUGACACAAGCCGGAAUGGACACAGUGCAUUCCUUCGAUCUGAGUCUUGCUCAAAUGGCACUCGGCUUGAUCGGGACCGUGGGAUCGUGGUUUCUCAUGUCUAAAACAAACGCGUCACUUUGGGCUACCGGUGCAAUGCUAAUCACAUUCACCUUCUUCUACGACUUCACUGUCGGCCCCAUCACAUACUCGCUCAUUUCUGAGCUCUCUUCUACUCGCCUGAAAGCCAAGACAAUCGUUUUGGCCCGUUCACUCUACAACAUCAGCAACAUAGUCGUCAACGUGUUGACGAACUACCAACUAAGCACGACUGCGUGGAACUGGGGUGCUCGGACAGCGUUUUUCUGGGCAGGUACCUGCGGUUGCGUUCUUGUGUGGGUCUACUACCGCCUUCCUGAACCUCGAGGCAGGACCUAUGGAGAGCUCGACUUGCUCUUCGAGCAGCGUGUGUCAGCUCGCAAGUUUAAGGGCACUAAGGUCGAUCCUUAUGGAGACGGGACAAAAAGUUCAUCUGUAGAUUGA